UAACCACAUUCUUUGCUUCAUCUUUGCAAUAAUGAGAGCAUAACCAAGCUAUUUAGCAAGUUAACCAAUAAUUAACCAGAGUCCACAGAACAAAUUUGGGGGGAAAUCUCGUCGCUAGUGCUUCCACGAUAUAUUCGCUUUUCUAGUGUCUAAUUCAAAGGAAUCCCCUUCUCAUUUUUCUCCUGACUUCCAUCCUAAUCAACUGACAGUUACCCGCCGCUUCAUUCUUAACUCCGAAGCUAAAACUCCUUUGCCUCUUCUUCUCUUUGCUGCAUCAGUUCUUCCUCUAUCUCCGUUUCAUUCAUUUCCAAGCCUUUUCCUUUCCUCUGCAAUGACUGACUGGGGCCCGAUCUUGAUAGGAGUAGUCCUAUUCGUGCUACUCACACCAGGGCUUCUCUUCCAGCUACCAGGAAACAACAGGCAGCUCGAGUUUGGGAGCAUGAAGACCAAUGGCAAAUCGAUCGCCGUUCACACUCUCAUCUUCUUCACUCUGUAUGCUAUCUUUACCAUGGCUGUUCAUGUCCACAUCUAUACUGGUUGACACAAAUCUGGCCAUCUGGGGUUCUGGGUUUUGAGUAAAGAUCUGUGCUUUCCUCUCUUUUUUGGGGUAUGAUUAUUGAUAAAUUUGUUGGGGGGUAGAGAAAAGUUGAAAAGGGUGCUGUCUUUAGUUUCUUCUUAUGUUGUUUGUAACCUGUAAUUUAUGGAUGGAUCGAUACGUGAUGAGUUGAAUAAAGCAAAUAUGAUGCAGAGAUCUUUCUCUCAGCUGUUUCUCCUUUUUCAGUUUCUGUAUCAGAUUGUGUUCCCUUCACUUGCUCUUCGGGUUUGACCAAGGCUGAAGUUGGGAUCUCUGAGUUACUUGGAAGUUGGAACUAUCAUUUUUCCAAGUCAGUUUAGUUCAAUUCUUGAGGAGUUCUUUCUGUUUAUGUGGACAGGUAUAGCAUAGAGAGCGCAAUACUGAAUCUGCUGUUAUUUGAGAAUUAGAGUGUAAACUUUUGCAGGCAUAUAGACUAUAGAGUGAAACAAGCACCAAUUAAGAUCUCUUAGGUUACUUUUAUGGGUCAUGAGAUAUGAGAUCUGCUAGUGCCAAGGGCCAUUAGCACAGACUAAAUUAAAAUAUGAGCAUCUUAGAUUGACUUGGAGCCAAAAAUUUGCUGAGUAGGUAAAAGCUGAGCAUUGUUGAGAGAGUCAGAGAGGGAGGAGGGAGAGGUUGUUGACAUUAUUCUUAUAUUCCAAUGGUAAGGCCUGCCUUGGUGAAAAAACAAAAACAAACUCAAAAGCCUGUUGCUUUGGACAAUUGCUGUUGUCUGUGAUAACUUAGCAGAAGAUGAAGGAAGAAGACGCCCAUAACAAGAAACUGAAGAAGUAAUAAAACCUCUUGUUACAGAGCAAAAGAGAAGGUAACUUGGUUUUUCGUAAUCAAUUGAUAUGUACAUGGAUGCCAAUGGCGACUACCAAGAUGGUGAUGAUGCAGAAGUAAAUGAUGGCAUGGACCAGAAUGGCUAUCCCGCUCGUGCUGAGGUUCCCAAACUCCACCACCCUUGUUCUUGCAGGUAGCUGGAACAGGAGCCCGGGCGAUAGCAGGAUGAACAAAGCCACCGCUACAAUCACUGGUCCCCAAUCCGCACCCCCCAUGUUGGGGAUCCCUAAUAUGCCCGUCGUUGCUUGCUUCUCAAUCGACCUUGCAGAAGAAUGCUGCCUGAACCCUUCUAGUAUAUCACACUCUCCCAAUCUCUUUCCGGCAAGGAAGAAUAAUGAAAGGUUUAAGGGGUAAUGCUGUUUGUGUCAAAUAUGUAGGGAGCUGAGGAGAUGAACAGAAGUAAUGCGCCUUGCUUGGUGAUUAAGGAGGCUGUGGAGGGGAUGCGAAACUUUGUGUGAAAGCAGAGUGAAAAACAAUGGAGGGGGAAGGUAUAUGUAUGUAUGUAGAGAGGUUUUGUAGUGGGAUUCCUUUAAAGCAGCAAAAGAGAAAAAGGAUGAAACUUUAGUGUCUCAAUUACACCAGAUAUUGUUAAUUUGAAGACUGGCUUUUCUGUCUUUCUUUGCUUCUUUGUGAUUGCUUUAGGAAUUGAUGGAGAAGGGUGGCUUUAUUAAAGGGAAUAUGGCUACAAAGAAAGAAAGAAGCCAGCUUGUGAAUUGUGCAGAGCAGCAGAGGUGUAAAGUUCAUCGUCCUGGAAGGUGUGAGUUUCUGAAUUUGCUUCAUUGUCUGGAAUUUUGUAGGGAUUUCUCAGUUUCCUCUUUGAAUUUUGAAUCUUUUUUCUGUGAGCAGGCUUAAAAGUCUUUAGCUUUGAAGGGUUCUAGUUCUUUUUGUAUAUGAAGGAGCCUGUUCUGUACUCCACUCCAAUCCAAUUGCUUCUCAUUUUCAAGUCAAAACUAGUCUGUAUAUGUCUUUCUGCCUGUAUCAUUUCUAGUGAGACACCUCUCUCUUGUGCCUGGCAAGGCCACGUCGAUGAUGCACCUCCGAUUCGUGACAUGCAAUACACCAUAUUCGUUUGUAAAUGGUUUACAAAUGUUAAUAAUGUACUUGAAAUUUAGGGUUAGGGUGUUGUAUACACAUACUCUCUGUUUAACGGAGGAAGCUCAAAUGCGACUUCUGCAAUAGCCCAAAAGAAGAAGAGCUGAACGCCAAUUGUAGUGGUCUUGGGUAGAAGCUUAUGGAACCAUUAUAUUGGACUUGGGCAAGCUGAAGCGGGCCUUGAUUCCUUCCAAGGCUCCAUUUUAAAUUCCGGGUUAGAAGUGUCAAAAUGGGUUGGGCUUUCGUUGAUCCACUAAGAACAUAGUUUGCACUUUGCAGUUGUAGUGGUACUGUAGGAAGUAGGAGGCUAGGAGCAUAGCUCCAGAAACCAAACCAUAGCCAUGUUUGGACUGAUGAAUGGAAACAAAGAGACAAAACCAGCAACCUCGGUUAUGUCAUUCUUAAUAGACAUCGUUACUUGCAUUCACAUCUCGGUAUGAAAGCUGGGCUUCGUACUUGUCGCAUGCCAAUAGAAUAGAAUAACAUCU